AUGUCGAAACAGUGGGCUAGUGGUACAAACGGAGCUUUUAAGAGACAAGUGUCCUCCUUCAGAGAAACAAUCUCCAAACAGCACCCUAUUUAUAAACCUGCAAAGGGGAGGUAUUGGUUGUAUGUUUCUCUAGCGUGCCCAUGGGCACACAGGACACUAAUCACAAGGGCCUUGAAGGGAUUAACUUCGGUUAUAGGAUGCAGUGUAGUCCAUUGGCAUCUUGAUGAAAAGGGAUGGAGGUUUCUUGACAUGGAUAAGCAACUGAAGGAUGGAGAAAGUUUCUUAGAACAUUGGCAUGAUGCUGCAGGUGGUAUCAAAACUGCUAAAGAGGAUGCCAGUAAGAGCUUCGCCGCCAUCGAGAACGACAGUCAAAGAUUUAUGAUUGACGGCACCAAUGAACCCCACUAUGGAUACAAGAGAAUCAGUGACUUGUAUUAUAAGAGCGACCCCCAAUUCUCGGCGCGGUUCACCGUUCCAGUCCUAUGGGACUUAGAAACUCAAACCAUUGUCAACAAUGAAAGUAGCGAAAUUAUAAGGAUUUUGAACUCCAAUGCCUUUGACGAAUUUGUCGAUGACAAGUUUAAAAAAAUAGAUCUUGUUCCUGAACGCUUAGAAGCCCAAAUCGAUGACUUCAAUUCUUGGGUUUAUGAUAGCAUAAACAAUGGCGUAUACAAGACCGGAUUCGCAGAACGGGCAGAGGUAUAUGAAUCUGAAGUCAACAAAGUAUUUGAGAACUUGGAUAAAGUGGAAAAAAUUCUCGGUGAUAACUACGCUAAAUUGGAGGCUAAGUAUGGUAAAGGUGAUAGGCAAAGAAUCUUGAGUGAAUUUUUUACUGUGGGAGAUCGAUUGACCGAAGCCGACAUUAGGUUAUAUACCACUAUCAUAAGAUUCGAUCCCGUCUAUGUCCAGCACUUUAAAUGCAAUUUUACGUCCAUCAGAGCAGGAUAUCCUUUUAUUCAUUUGUGGGUGAGGAAUCUGUACUGGAACUACGACGCCUUCAGGCACACGACAGAUUUCGACCAUAUCAAGUUGCACUAUACUCGUUCGCACACAAGGAUCAAUCCCUUAGGAAUUACAACUUUAGGGCCUAAGCCAGAUAUUCAUCAUUUAUAA